GUUGUCAUCACUGGAGCAGGCCAAUGUUACUGGCUACACCUCUACUACCAGCAAAUAGAUGGAGGACUUAGUGGAUCAGUGAAAGCUGCAGAGACAGAUACUAGCGUCGUCAUCACUGGACUAAUUGCAGGAGCAACCUUCUCCAUCAGUGUAUCCGCUGACUCCAGUACACUAUCCAGUUCUAGAUCCCGAGGACCGGAUAUUACUAUUCAGUACGAGAAAGUUGCAUAUCCAGUGAAAAACUUUGAGGUAAUUUCAGUAUCGGAGACCUCUCUCACAUUCUCCUGGAGCCAGCCCAGCACUGGGGCCCACCUCACCACUGGCUACAACCUGACAUGUGUCCCUCUCCUGACUGGGAUCCCAUCCCCCCAGUCUCUUCCCCUGUUGGCACCAACCCUCACCUCAGCCACACUGUCUGGACUCUUCUCUGGAGUUCCAUACAACUGCAGCAUCUCCACCAUAUCUGACAGAGGGUCCUCUCUCCCUGCCUCCCUCUGCAUCACUACCAAUGAGUCUGGUAUUUAACUAUACACACACACUGAACACACAUUGUGGGAAGGAGAGUAUUGUGGUAGGUGAGCCCUUUUUGGGCAUUCUCUUUCUUGUGGACUUGUAGCUCUAUGUGCACAAAAAGGUUUAUUCACGUGACUUCCAUUUCUCAGCAUUGUACGUAUACUAUGUAACCCCAUUACUUUCACGAUGACAGUAUAUAAUUCCCUCAGCUCCAUCAGGAUCUCCAGAGAUGUUAGACGCAGUGCCUGGAGAGAGAGAAGUGGAGUUCUCCUGGUCUCCUCCUCCUGUCACCCAGCGUAAUGGAGUCAUCACCAGCUACCUAUCUCCUGCUCCCCCUCCCCCUCCUCCCUUCCCUCACUCCCCCUCCUCCCAGUCUGGACCUCACACAGUGAGCCGGCUUCUCUCCCAACACUCACUACUCCUGUUCUCUGGUGGCCAGUAACACUCUGGGCUCUGGACCUCCUGCCAACACCUCAUUCAACACUCAACAAGACUGUAAAAUUCAGUUGAUAUUAGUUUCAGAUAUGUUAAUGCUUUCCCACAGAUUCCUUCUUUCAACUUCGUUUGGGUAAAGUUCCCACUUCCUGUUCUGAAGAAAUU